UCUUGCAAUAUAUUAAUAUCGAAACCAUGGUUUCUGCAGCGAAAAUUAAAUCGAUAGAUUUUUUCAGGAAAACUCCAAGAGAUUUGACAGAGGCAUCAUUAUCAGGUGCCGGAAUUUCUGUUGUAGCAGCCAUUAUAAUGAUCUUUUUGUUUGGAAUGGAAUUACAUAGUUACUUGACUAUUAGCACCUCUACGGCUAUCAUUGUUGACAAAAGUUCUAUUGAAGACACAGUACGCGUAGACUUUAACAUGAGUUUCCCAUUUUUAUCAUGCGAGUUUGCAUCUGUGGAUGUGAGCGAUGUUUUGGGCACAAACAGGUUAAACAUAACAAAAACAGUUCGCAAAUAUUCAAUAAAUCGGCAUUUUCACUCUAAUGGCCACGAGUAUGAAACUGGGCCAGUUACUUAUGCCAUUAAGCAUGACGAGAUAGUUGAUGAAACCUAUGGUGAAGGAUCUGUUGCACUAAAUUCACAUAACUUUGAUCGAAUCACCCAUGACCAUCCGAUUGUAAUUGUAAAUUUUUUUGCUCCCUGGUGUCAUUGGAGUACCCUGCUGAAACCUUCAUGGGAAAAAAUGGCCAAAGUUAUGAGACAAAGAUAUAAUCCGGAACAUGAUGGGCGUAUUAUAGUUGGAAGUGUUGACUGCACUCAAGAAGCUGAUUUGUGUAAAAAUCAUCACAUACAAGGUUAUCCAUCCAUUCGUAUCUAUCGAAAGGGAACUGAUGUUCGGGAUGACUUGUCUCGUGGAAUACACAUUCAUGAAACAUAUUACGGAGAUAGAGAUACAGAUACCUUGGUAUCGAAAUUUGAUAACAUGGUUUCAUCUAUUGGAGUCGAUUUUGUAAAGCAUUCACCAGUCAGAACUGAGUAUUAUACAAGAGUUAAACCUGCACCACCUCAAGAAGGUUGCAGGAUCGAAGGAUUUGUAUGGGUCAAGAAGGUACCAGGAAAUCUGAUUGUCUCAGCAACUUCAGCAUCACAUUCGUUUGAUGCCUCGCUAAUGAACAUGUCACAUGUCGUUUCUACCUUUUCUUUUGGUUCGACAAUUACUCCAUUAAUGAUGAAUGAUAUGAAGCGACUUGGGCCUUACCUUGGUGAAGGACACAAUAGGUUGAAUGGUCGAGCAUACAUAACCAGUCCUGAAGAUCGGGCCAAUGUUACAAUAGAGCAUUAUCUUCAAGUUGUGAAGACGGAGGUGUUGGGGUUGUCACAUCAGUUGAUUGAGAAUUACGAGUAUACAGCACAUACUAGUAUGAUACAUGCUAAUACUAUCCCUGCAGCAAAGUUCCAUCUGCAGUUUUCACCGAUGCAGGUUUUGAUAACUGAAAAUGCAAAGCCAUUUUCUCAUUUCAUCACCAACCUAUGCGCCAUUAUUGGCGGCGUGUUCACGGUUGCUGGAAUAUUGGAUUCAAUUCUUUACAACACUUGCAAACUGGCGAAAAAGGUUGAACUGGGGAAGAAUUAUUAGCUAAAGCCUGGAAUACACGAGUUGGUUGGUUAA